UUCAGAACUUGCAGGCUUCAAAAUGGGAGAUGUUAAGGUGAUUGGGGCCUCUCUAAGUCUUUUUUGCUGCAGAAUUGAAUGGGCUCUGAAGCACAAAGGGAUAGCAUAUGAGUACAUUGAAGAAGAUUUGAGAAACAAGAGUCCCCUGCUCCUUCAGUAUAAUCCCGUCCAUAAGAAAAUCCCAGUGCUUGUGCAUGGUGAAAAACCAAUUGCGGAGUCCCUCAUCAUCCUUGAGUACAUAGAUGAAACAUGGACAGAGAACCCUAUGUUGCCAGAAGAUCCUUUUGAAAAAGCAAUGGCGCGAUUUUGGGCAAAGUAUGUUGAUGAGAAGUGUGUGAUCAGUGCAUGGACUGCUAGCCGUACAAAGGGGCAUGAACAAGAGAAAGCAUUGGAGUCAGCACAAGAAUCACUCCAACUUCUGAAUAAGCUCAUUGAAGGCAAGAAAUUUUUUGGAGGAGAAACCAUGGGCUUCCUAGACUUUGUAGUGGGCUCAUUACCUAACUGGCUCAAAUUCUUAGAAGAAUUUCAAGGCAUAAAGCUAUUUGAUACAAAGGAGUUGCCAUUUCUUCACGAAUGGGCACAGAGAUUCACUGAAAUUCCAAUCAUCAAAGAAAGUAUUCCAAAGAUAGAAGAUCUUCUCAAUUACAGCAGGGCUCAGCACAAAGCCAAAUAAUGUCAAAGAGGAAAAACAUAAAAUAAAGUGGUUACAGAUAAAUUUUCGGCUUAAAAUAAUGUAAAAGAGGCAUGACACAGCCUUGAUAGCAUAUGUUACCUUUCCAAUUGAUUGUAGUCCUGAUAUAUACGUAUAAUAUGAUCCAUAAAAGGAUAUUUGACAUC